CUCGGCAGAAUCAUUCCGGGAAAAUCAUGAAUGCAUUCAGCGGGAUCACAUUCAUAGUGUCAUACACAUUCGACGACUUGACUACGUCUGCGACAUAAAUAAUUUUAACUUCGCAAUAUUUUGACCAUAUCAAAUUACUUGUUGACGUGUUUUGACUUGGGCUAGACAAGGCCACCGGAAUAAUAAUGAAGUUAAGCUCGGAAUCUCUCCUAUCACCUCCCACGAACGAGGGGAUGACAUGUCCCCCUCCCAAGGUGGAACGUGACCCGGGCCCUCCAGUCGAAAUAGCGCAGGGAUUCCUGAAGACCAUCCUCCGUGUUAGGAUGAGCAAGGCCGAAAAAGAUAAGCAGGACUCUACCGGGAGGAACAUGUUUUCAAAACAGUACGCAAGCACUUAUGAUAAUCGACUUUUCAUGACCAGAUUGAUUUUAGAGGAGAAGGUCAAGGAAGAAUGGCAACAAGGAGACAAUCCUCCUCCGUUUCAAAAGAUUUCUGACCUUUGUACAGCUACCACUGGGGCACGUAACGUCGCGGAUAUAUCGGGACAUUUGCCCAAGCAGGGCAAGGGAGGGAAAAAACUUACCGAGGCAGAUCGUGAGCAACACCUUCAUAUCGAUGAAGAUCUCGUUGUUGUCAUUGUGGGAACCAUAUUCAAAAUACAACCCGAGAAACCUUCAAUUCUCAAUGAGCUGGCAGAAGAUCAUGCAAUGGUUCCUAUUAAAGAAAAGAAGAAAUACAUUAGCAAAAAGGAUUAUCUUAUUUUAGAAGAUGAGUCCACCCGGGUGUUUUUAACCCCUUUAGAAAAUUCUGGACUGCGAAUUGACUCAGUUGUUAAUGGGGUCGUUUGUGCGGUCAAAGGGAGACCAACACUGCAGGGCAGGUUUAAUGUGGAAGAUGUCAUGUGGGCAACUCCGAAACCGGCGAUUUGGCCCAUUGUGAGGAAACUUGAUGUAGAAAUGAUUUUCGUGUCCGGUCUCCUUCUUUGCGAUCAACACGACAGCAUGUCACAUAUUGACUUGUUUUUCGAUUACCUCCAAGGUCUUUGUGGUUCUCCUGACGAGCUCGAGACGCGAUGCAAGUCAAAAACCCGUCUCUUCAUUGUUGGCGACACUUUUGGACGUUUGAGAAAGGAGAUUUCAGCCGAAAAACAGACAAAAGCAACUUUCACGACGGUAGACCCCGAAUCUGUACUAAGGAUUGAAAUUGCUAAAAAGUUGGACGUCAUCUUGGAUCAAUUGGCUCAAACAAUGGAGGUUUACAUUCUUCCCGGUGAACUAGACCCUGCCGAACCAAUGUUCCCUCAAGCCCCCUUCCAUCGAUGCAUAUUGCCUCUCGCCUCCCGUCGCACAAUGUUCCACUCGCUGUGUAAUCCAACACGAAUAGAUGUCACAGUCUCCUCAGCUUCCAAAAAGUCGCCAACAUCCAAAUUGGACAUUAUCCUUUCCGGUGGACAAAAUGUUAUCAACGCCAAGAAAAAUACAGCCACUCGAAAUUCAAUCGAUACGGCGGAAGAUAUCCUAAAAUGGGGUCAUCUCUGCCCCACCGCUCCAGAUACGCUGGCUCUACAUCCGGACAGUGACGAAGAGGCCCUUGUGCUAACAAGCCUGCCAAACUUUUUUAUAGUUGGUGGACAAAAACGUUUCAAAAUUCGUGAAUGGAAGGGAACCUUUAUCGUCACACUUCCAAAAUUCUCCGAUACCGGUAUUGCUGUCAUUUUAGAUAAAACCAUGAACUUUGUCCCCCUAAAUAUCAAACUCGCCAAGUAGGUUCCGUAUUGUACAAUUUUAUAAAUACACUCUUACAUAUAUAAUGUUUGUAGUCUCAUUCCAUAAUUUUUAUUCAAAGUUAAUCCUUUAAAAAUGUGUAACAAUUUUUUCCAUACAAUUAAAUAUCACAGAUCAAAUUGAGACAUAAAUAAACUCCUUUAAAGCCAACGUGCACAUGGCUGCAUUGAAA